AUGGCGGAGAAGACGAAGGAAUCAGAAUCCAAGAACCCAAUCUCCCGCCCAGGAGAAGAUCAAGCCGCCGAACCACCGCCAAACUACGACUCCAUCUUUCCACCACCCGGCUACUCAAGGAGGACGUCCAAGUCCGCUACUACCACAAGCAGCGGUAGCAGCACCAAGACCGCUUCCCGACCACAAGUCUCCAGCUCCACCAGCCACGCCGGCUCCUGCGGCAUGCCCGCCUCAAUGGUCCAAAGCAUUCUCGCCACCUCAUCCUCUUCGCCAUCCAAAAGCUCUGGUGGGUCUAAAAGGUGGUCGGAUGAUCCUCCGGGGAGCAGCAGAGACUACUCUACCGCCCGCUGGAACAUCUACGGGACCCCGCUGAGCGAUUUUGGGAAUCCGUUCCGGAAGGGCAAGGGGAGGAAGUGA